ACAGACGCGUUUCUAACCGGAUCGUGCGUGCCGACGAAUCUUUGCGAAACCGGAAAAUCAGCGUUUUCGAUGACAACGUUUUCACAGUUCCGCAUUUUACGCACGCAGUGGACAGAAAAUUAGCCGGGAAUUGUGUGUCGUUCCGUCCUGCGUGGUAAGCGCACACACAUACACAUACAUGUAACGGGUAUUGCACGCUUCGCGAUUCGGCCGGAGAUUCGGCCAGCUUCCGGAGGUAUUUCGCUGAUAAUUCCGGACCCCCUCGCGGAAUUGGGCCUUUUUCGUAAGGCUUUUCGACAUCAUCACGCCGCCUUUUAGGUGGUACGUUUUCUUCAUUCUCGUUUGUCGCUGACCGGUAACCCGGGCAAGUAGGGAUUAUCGGACGUGUCGUACCCGGUCUUCGAAUUGUAUCAAAAAGUGACGUGUGACGAAAGAAAUCAUUCUUAAACAACAUCUACGGACGACCCUCCGCGGUAUACGGUCCGCAAACCCUUCACCAGGACACACCUUUACCUUGUAAGAACAUGGGUGCAUACCUUUCGGAACCGGUCACGACGAAGGAGUCGAGCGAUGAAUCGAACGACUUUCUCGUUUCCGGUGCCAGCUCCAUGCAGGGUUGGCGCAUCAGUCAGGAAGACGCACACAAUUGCAUACUCAACUUCGACAAAAACGUUUCGUUCUUCGCGGUGUACGAUGGGCACGGUGGAGCGGAAGUGGCUCAGUAUUGCAGCCUUCAUCUGCCCAGCUUUCUGCGUACGGUGGCCGCAUAUGGGGAGAAAAAUUUUGAACAAGCGCUAAAAGAUGCGUUCAUCGGGUUUGAUGCAACGCUGCUCAAGGAGAGCGUAAUCCAGGAGCUAAAAGUGUUGUCGGAGAAGACAAAUGGCAACGAAGAAGCAGAGGAAGAUGACGAAGAAGAGGAUGAGUACGAUAAUGUGGAUGAUUUGCGUGAAGAAGCACGCAUGCCACUGGACGAGGUUCUUCAGAAGUACCGGAAGGAGAUUAAGGCCAGUAAUUUGGUGGCAGCGGCUACAGCUACCAAGUCCCGCCUGAUACAGGCGAUGAAAGAUGGCGAUUCUUCGAAACCCAUCUCACCGCUGCUCAAAGGUAAGCGGCGGGAAGUGAGCAGUGAACGGGACGACGAACUGGCUGGUGGUUCGGGAGCGAAAGUUCCUGGUAACGCUGUGGACAUCGGAUCCGCCGAAGCAGCCCCAGCAGCGACUGGGAGCAAGAUUGUCGAUGGUGGUGCUGGUGGUGGUGGUGAUACGGCCGCCGAUUCCACGGUCAGCAGUUCUAGCAACAAUAAGACGGAGGAGGGACUGGACGGGCGAGCCAUGGCAGAGCAAGAACCCUCCUCGUCCUCCUCGUCGGCUAGUGGAGCAGCAACGGUAGCAGCAAAGGAGGAGGACCAAAGCGACGAAAUCAGUGACACGGCUGGCGCAGUGGUAGCUACUUCGGCCACAGUGAAACCGGAAAUUGCAAGCGUCUCAAAGGAGAACUGUGCUCCGGACAGUUCUUCAUCGGAUCGCAGCAAACAGCAGGCGGUCAAAGUGAAUGGAGACAUAGGCAAGGCCACGGCUUCGUCUGCCGCAGCCGUAUCAUCGUCCUCAUCGGGUGCUGCCGGUCAGGAAAAUGGUGUCGUUUCGAGUGAUUGCGACAGUGGGGCAGGGAAUGGCUCCAAACUCGCCCAGACCCCUUCGAUCGCUAACGUUCACAGCAGCAGCACCGCCAAAGCCGCCAGUGGCAGCGGUGCCAGUGAAGCUGGCAACAGGGAAGUUUCAAAGAACGGGCCAUGUGCGGCCGAAGCUCCAAACGAUGACGACGACGACACGGAAGAGGACGAUGACAGCGAUUCCGACGUUAUGGAACCCAUCGAAACUUCCAGCACGGAAGAUGGUGAAGAAGAACCCUAUGGUGAGGAAGAUGGCGACGAAGAAGAGGAAGAGGAAGAAGGCGAAGAGGAAGCCGAAUACGAGGAGGAGGAAGAUUACAUGAACGAGGAGGACGCCGCAUUCAUGAAGAACAUUACGGACGAGCCGGGAAAGGAUAGUGGCUGCACGGCCGUGGUAGCACUUCUGCACGAAAAGGACCUCUACGUAGCCAACGCAGGAGAUUCGCGAUGCGUUGUUUGCCGGAAUGGCAAGGCACUUGAAAUGAGCUUUGAUCACAAACCCGAAGACACUAUCGAGUUUAAGCGGAUAGAGAAGGCGGGUGGUCGUGUUACGCUCGAUGGGCGUGUCAAUGGAGGAUUGAACCUGUCCCGUGCGAUCGGCGACCAUGGCUACAAGAUGAAUGGUUUUUUGCCGCCAGAAGAGCAAAUGAUCUCGGCCCUACCGGACAUUCAGAAAAUUACAAUCGGAUCGGAAGAUGAUUUCAUGGUGCUGGCGUGUGACGGUAUCUGGAACUUUAUGACCAGCGACGAGGUGGUACAGUUUGUCCAGGAGCGCAUCAAUAAACCAGGCAUUGCAUUGUCCAAGAUCUGCGAAGAGCUUUUCGAUAACUGCUUAGCGCAAGACACCAAAGGAGAUGGGACCGGUUGUGAUAACAUGACGGCCAUCAUCGUCCAGUUCAAGCCCACUUUCGCCGAUUCUGCAUCGCGGAAAAGAACUGCUGCCCAGUCUGUGGAUGCAUCGGAAAAUAUCGCUGUAUCAUCCGGGUUGAAAAAGAUCAAAACCGACACAGCGACGACCGCGGCCAGUACAAGCAGCACUGGCGAUGGGAAUGCUUCAUCCACCACUGACGGAGCUUCCGAUGGCGCUACAGCAGCCAGCAUUGGUGGUUCAAUGGCAGUUGAAACGAGCGAAGAAACGGAAGCAGCGGCAGCGGUUGUCUCGAUUGCGGCCACAUCGAUGGACACAACUCCGGCAACAAUCGCUGCUGCGUCAUCCGAGGCAGCAUCUUCUUCAACGUGAAGCAGCUUCUGCCCUUCGACGUCUGCUUAAAUUUUGCGACAGCAAUUCUCUGGACAUCAGACCGAUACGGCGACCGGCAAUCGCGGUGGCGUGUUUGUGUCUGAGUGUCAAUGUUGAGGGAAAAGAUAAAUCGAAGUGUAGUUUUAGAAUUCGGUAUUCUGUUGAGUCUCUCCAUCAGGUGUUUCUCAUCGAGGAGGUUAGUUCAUCAGUUCAUCUCGUUUAGAUUUUUUUCUUUUCUAUCUCCCAUUUCCCAAAGAAGUAGAAAAGAAAAUAUGGGCCACAUCUUGUUGGCUAGCCCCGCAGCCGAGACGGUGGUAAUGUGAAUAUUUUCUCGUUUGGUGAUUUUCCUCGAUCGCUCAUAUUCAGUAUUGUGUUGGUGCGGCCAACGAAUUGAAGAUGUGCAUACAUAUUCCGCGGAGUGUAUGGAUCGCAUUUGAGGAGCUCGAGUAUUACCACGCGAGACUAUGACGUGUUUUUGUUGUUGCGAUACAAAUUGCCUACGGAAGUGUUGUUAGAGGCGCACUGUAAUCCGCGGGGGAUAAACUCUGUUCCAAUAUGUUUUGUAAUGCACUGUCGUUCGAUGUCAGAAAACGAGAAUAAUUUAUAAUUUAAUGCGGUAAAAGUCCCGGUAGUGAAGGUAACAAAAAUGAAAUAUGUAGUGAUGUGUUUUUGAGAUCAAUGAAUGUUAACCCGAGAAUGGUUCCAGCUCUGCCAAGAGUUUUACAGAAAAACGAACCAUUCACAAAAUGGAAAAAUUCUUGACUAAAACUAUGCCUCUAACUCAAUGAACUAUGAACAAACUUCAAUGAAUUAUGAAGGUAAAAAAUUUGAAAAAAAAUUAUUCAACUGUACAUACUUUGUCAAUGUGGAAAUGGUAAAUUGAGCAAACAGAUGAGAGGCAAAAUAAACAAAGAUCCUUCGAGGAUGAUUUCGUGACUGUUUGUUAACAAACAGUUUCCGAAUUUAUUCAAACAGUACGAUAAAAAGAAAAAACCAGUUGCGUUAAAAUCCAUCAGAACUAAUCAAACAUUGAGAGGGUAGAGAGUGACUAGGUGUAGGGUUAAAAAGAAAACAAUCACGCUACAGUUCAGCGCUGGUAUGCGUGAGGUAAGAUGGAGCAACAGAACAAAAGGAUUCGUAAAACUGUAUCUAAUAUAAGAACAAUAAAA